AUGGCGUCGUCGAGCUUCAAGGUGACGCGGAUCUCGGAGGGCGCGGUGAAGCCGGCGUCGGAGACGCCCGACCACACGCUGCCGCUGGCGUGGGUGGACCGGUACCCGACCCACCGGGGCCUGGUGGAGUCGAUGCACAUCUUCCGGUCCGGCGCCGACGCGGCCCCCGCCGUGAUCCGCGAGGCGCUGGGCAAGGCGCUCGCCUUCUUCUACCCGCUGGCGGGCCGCAUCGUGGAGCAGCCGGAGAAGGGGUGCCCCGCCAUCCGCUGCACCGCCGACGGCGUCUACUUCGCUGAGGCCGUGGCCGAGUGCAGCCUGGAGGACGUGCGGUUCCUGGAGCGCCCCCUGCUGCUCCCCAAGGAGGACCUCGUCCCCUACCCCGCCGCCGACCUCUGGGGCGUCGAGCCCCACAACACCAUCAUGAUGAUGCAGAUCACGAAGUUCACCUGCGGCGGGUUCGUGAUGGGCCUGCGGUUCAACCACGCGUCCGCGGACGGCAUGGGCGCGGCGCAGUUCAUCAAGGCGGUGGGCGACAUGGCGCGGGGGCUCCCGGAGCCGUCGGUGAAGCCGGUGUGGGACAGGGAGAAGUUCCCCAACCCGAGCAUCAAGCCUGGCCCGCUCCCGGAGCUCCCCGUGCUGGCGCUGGACUACAUCGUGCUCGACUUCCCCACGGGCUACAUCGACGGGCUCAAGACGCAGUACAAGGCGCACAGCGGCAAGUUCUGCUCCGGCUUCGACGUGCUGACGGCGAAGCUGUGGCAGUGCCGCACCCGGGCGCUGAACCUGGAGCCGGACGCCACGGUGAAGCUCUGCUUCUUCGCCAGCGUGCGCCACCUGCUGAAGCUGGACGCCGGGUACUACGGCAACUCCAUCUUCCCCGUGAAGAUGUCCGGGAGCAGCAAGAAGGUGCUGGAGUCGUCGGUGAUGGAGGUGAUCGACAUGAUCCGGGAGGCAAAGCAGCGGAUGGCGGUGGAGUUCUUCCAGUUCGCCAAGGAGGAGACGCGGCAGGAUCCCUUCCAGAUGAGCUUCGACUACGAGUCCAUCUACGUCUCCGACUGGAGCAAGCUGGGGUUCUCCGACGUGGACUACGGCUUCGGCCCGCCCAUGUUCGCCGGCCCGCUCGUGAACAACGACUUCAUCGCCUCCGUCGUCAUCCUCAAGGCGCCGCUGCCGCUGGACGGCACCCGGAUGCUCGCCAGCUGCGUCACCAAGGAGCACUCGGAGGAGUUCGCCCGCGGCAUGAAGGAGGACCUGCCAUGA